AAAAAACCACUCCCUUAUUAUCAUGGAUAGCUGGUGAACUCUUGGAAAAGAUGGCAGCUUCCUGUAUUUACCUCGGAUUUACUUUUCAGUCAGUAGCUACGGAAUCAAAACAAUUGGCUGUAUAUAGAUGUCCUGUCGCUUUUAAGCCUUGUUAAUACACACUUGAAAACUUUGUGAACAUUUAACUACAGUACGACUACGACUAUGGAGAAAAGCGGGAGCAUCGACAGUCUGGGCUCGAAGCAAUCCUCAUCACGGCAGCCGAGUGUUGAUUCAUUGUCCAGUACCUCCACAUCUCGUUCUGACCGGUCCUCUCACGCUGCAAAGCCCCCCUUAGCAGUGUUUUCUGACAAUGUGUCCACCUCAACAGAGUUCUCCCCUGAGCUACGGGGCAGAACUAAAGCAGUUGUGAAGGUACUCAGGGAUGCAAACAAAGAAGAGCCACAGUUACUACCAAAAGAACACGUUCAAGACAUGGCCAAAGAUGUGACUUAUAUCUGUCCCUACAUCGGUGCACUGAGGGGGACUUUGACUGUCACCAACUACAGACUCUUCUUCAAAUGCACUGACAGGGAGCCAGUGUUUGUGCUGGACUUGCCCCUGGGGGUGGUGAGCCGCGUGGAGAAGAUAGGAGGUGCGUCUAGCCGCGGGGAGGUUUCCUACGGGCUGGUCUGCAAGGAUAUCCGCAAUUUGCGGUUUGCACAUAAGCAGAUGGAGGACUCACUCAGGAAGUCAAUUUUUGAGGUCCUGAUGAAAUUUGCCUUUCCUGUUUCCAAUGGUCUGCCAAUAUUUGCCUUUGAAUACGGGCAGGUCUACCCUGAAAAUGGCUGGAAAGUGUAUGAUGCUCAAGCAGAAUACAAAAGACAGGGCUUGCCUAAUGAGAGCUGGAGGAUAACUAAAGUGAAUGAUCACUAUGAGCUGUGUGACACCUACCCAUCAACGCUGGUUGUGCCUGUAAACAUCUCAGACGAAGAGCUGAAGAGAGUGGCUGCCUUCAGAGCCAAGGGCAGGAUACCUGUCCUGUCCUGGAUCCACCCGGAGAGCCAGGCCACAGUGACCCGCUGUAGUCAGCCCAUGGUCGGGGUCAACGGCAAGCGCAGCAAGGACGAUGAGAAGUACCUCCAAGCCAUCAUGGAUGCCAAUGCUCAGUCCCACAAGCUCUUCAUCUUCGACGCCAGGCCAAGCGUGAACGCCGCUGCCAACAAGAUGAAAGGGGGGGGCUAUGAGAGUGAGGAUGCCUAUCAGAAUGCAGAGCUGGUGUUCUUGGACAUACACAACAUCCAUGUGAUGAGGGAGUCACUGCGUAAGCUGAAGGAGGUGGUGUACCCCAACAUUGAGGAGUCCCACUGGCUCUCUAACCUGGAGUCAACUCACUGGCUGGAGCACAUCAAGCUGAUCCUGGCCGGGGCGUUGCGGAUCGCCGACAAAGUGGAGUCCGGGAAGACGUCAGUAGUGGUUCACUGCAGUGACGGGUGGGACCGCACGGCCCAGCUCACCUCCCUCGCCAUGUUGAUGCUGGACGGACACUACCGCACCAUCCGCGGAUUCCAGGUCCUGCUGGAGAAGGAGUGGCUGAGCUUCGGCCACCGCUUCCAGCUGAGGAUUGGCCAUGGGGAUAAGAACCACACAGACGCAGACCGCUCCCCCGUCUUUCUGCAGUUUAUAGACUGUGUGUGGCAGAUGACACGACAGUUCCCUGCAGCCUUUGAGUUUAAUGAGUACUUCCUGGUAACCACCCUGGACCACCUGUACAGCUGCCUGUUUGGGACAUUCCUGUGUAACAGUGAACAGCAGAGGGUGAAGGAGGAGGUGCCCAAGAAGACUGUUUCGCUGUGGGCCUAUAUCAACAGCCAACUGGAGGAGUUCACCAACCCGCUCUAUGUGAAUUACUCCAACCACGUGCUGUUCCCAGUGGUCAGCAUGCGCCACCUGGAGCUUUGGGUGGGCUACUACAUUCGCUGGAACCCUCGCAUGAGGCCACAGGAGCCUGUUCACCAGCGUUACAAGGAGCUGCUGGCAAAGCGGGCUGAGCUUCAGAAGAGGGUGGAGGAGCUGCAGCGAGAGGUGACCAAUCGCUCUGCCUCCUCUGAGAGGGCAGGCUCUCCCACCCGCUCUAUCACUCCUGUUCAGACCUUUGUUUGAUAGACAAUACUCAAGAGAUGCUAAUAGAGAAAUGCAGAGGACAGAGACAAGAGAUGCUAAUAAGGUGCCAUGCCCACAAGUAAUAGAGCUCUGCAGGAGACCUGUUAAGUCACACACCCCUACUUGGCAUGACAUACCCUCGGAGGAAGAAGAACAAACACCAAGUGUCAGUUGAAACCAUGUAUUGGCCUUUGUCUACUCCACCUUGCCGCUGCCCCAACAGCUGAGGACCCACAUCUUCAGAACCAUAGAAUAAGAACAUGAAUGUCUAUCUCUUUGGUCAAAUCCCUUUGUUGCCUCUGUUUCAGGCCUUCUAAAUGCAGCCAUGUUAUACUUCACUGACCACUGCUUUCAGGGUCAAACAUCAUGUCAUCAUCGGCUUUGCAUUCACAAAUGUCCUAUAGCAUAUUUGCUUAACUAAAUCUAGUAUGAAUGCAUUUGUUUAUUAUAAAGUGAUAAGUACACUAAAUGAUUUUUAGGAUAAAAAGGUUGCACACUAAACGUAAACACUAAUUUUUUCCCGUUUUUGAUAGCAGGAUGGAGAAUUGUUCAGAAGCCAUGCUAUUUAUAGCAAUUAUGUUUAUUACUACUUGACAAAUUCCAAAUGGGUUUGAAGGACACAGAUGUUUCUGAUGUUUGGAAUAGUUUCUUGUUACCUAAUGCACAGAUACUCUAUUAGAGGUGUGAAUGAAUGAAUGUGAAAGUAUAGUUCACUUUAACAUUCCACCUGAUGAGUAGGUUUCUUUGAAAAGCAAGUUGUGGGCCAGAAGUCCAGUUAUUGAAAAAUGUAUGUAGAGUCAUUAUCAUUUAGACACAGUCCUUUUUUAAAUCUAGUUUUAGAUGAUUAUGUCUUGUUAUGUCUGAGUGUUUCUUUUCAGACCCCAACCAACUAAAAAACAAAACACCUAUUUAAUAAAACUUACUCACAGGGCUAGUUUACACUAUAGAUCUAUAGGCUUACACUGAGCUCUGAUUGUCAGUUAUAAUAAUUUGAUGGAUGGUUUUUAACAAUUGAUAGACUAAAGACCAGUCAAUCUAAUACAUGCAAUUGUUGCCUGACUAUGUUAAAUACUAUUAACCAUAAACACAAUUUACCUGUUUACUACAUAUACCAUCUCAGACUUCUACAACACAGUAUAUUGGUGGAAAUCCUAAUGCUAGCAUGAUUCUGUGCAUUACCGGUGUAGGGUUUUGUCAUGAUUCCCAAGUUCUGAGGGACAGUGCUAAGAUAGUAGUAAUUUGAAUGCGCUGUUUGCUGGAGUCUUUGCCUUGUUCCUUCUGUGUUUGUAUAUGGUUAAGAUGUCUAGAAUAACAUUUUAUAGACCAAAAAACGAAUGUGUGGGAUUGACAAUGUGCAUUACCUAUUUUAGUUAGUGUUUACAAGAAAAUAUAUUGUUCUACAUGAAACGUCAUUACCCAUUAAGAAUGCUGCAUAUGUAUACAAUAAUUAGUUCUGCAGAAACAAGAACAAAGUUGCCAGAGACAGCAUUUACUAUUCCUCCAUGGAAGAGUCACAACCAACAUCAUGUGUCUCAGGCACAGUGAUGUAGAGCUGUGCUCUGGUGUUUAAACUAGUAAUGACCAGAUUUGUCUUUGAACAGUUGUGAAAACUAACCAGACGAAGGGUAGUCUGGCUCAUAUUCUAUUACUGCAAUGAUUAAGUGGCUUAUUUAUGGACUCGUAGACAAACUAAUAUUCACAAUUAAUCAAUAGUUGUUUAAAUUGUGUGUAGAAUUAUUAAUUGUUAUAAUGAUACGUUUUAUUCAAUUGCCGGUCAACAAGAGCAAGAUGACCGUCCUCCUUGAACUGAAGUAACCCAUACACUUAAGAUGUUUUAAUUGUCUUUGUUUCAGUAUUUGCAAAAUGGGAAAUAGAUACAGCUAUUUCUUGUCCUUCUAUAUUAUGAGCACCAAAAUACUUUUAGUAGAUAAAUACAGUUACAUGACAAGGUGCUUAAUAUUGUCUGCUGCAUAUGGCCAAUCAUGUCAGUAGGUUGUCCAGACUGGAUUUACUUGCUCUUUCAACAUAGCACCAUUGCAUUCAUUGCUUAUUAUUUUGAGAAUUACUGGCAAAUGUGCAAACGCUAUGACUGACUUGUCAUUUCAACCAAACCACCGGAUAGUGACUUAAUUGCAUUUAGUAAUCUUGUAUAAUUAAAACAUCCUAAUAGUAACACAA